AUGAGGAUGAUUUGCGAGAAGAGGAGCCUGAGCUCGAUCGAGCUGAGUCGAGCUGAGGAUCGAGCUGAGGAUCAGCCAGGAGAGUGCGGAUUUGGGUUUCUGGUUCUUCAAGCAAGAAGAAGAAGUCCAAGGCCCCCACAUUCCCUAGGAGUAGAUCACUCCUCACCACUCCAAGGAGGCUCCCUGCCCAAGAGCCUCACAGAGCCUCUUCUUUCGAGCCAAGGGAAGGAGAAGACAACACGCAGAGAAGGAGGAAGAGUUCCAAGGCCAGACGCUCCAGCUCGACCACCGGACUCGAUCGAGUCCAAACAGAGGAAACUCAACUCGAUCGAGCUGACGGUCGAGUUGACCUGGAGGAGCCCCAGUUUGAGAAUCCGGGAUUUGAGUACGAUCCCAGCCUACCAGGACUUCUCCAGUAGAUGGACCCCUAUGGACAGUACGAGCACCAUGCUCCACCAAGGCCAAGGAAGCCACACACACUUUGAAGAUGAAGAAGAGGAGGAAGAGGAGCCACAAGCUCGAUCGAGUGAGCCGAACCCAGUUGAGUGGAGUGCUCCUGAUGGCCGUCUCCCAUCUCCAGACCACGACCUAGUCUCCCAGUUCUUUGGGGGACACUGA